AUGUACCCAGACCUCGAGCACAUCGGGACGCUGCCCCCGCCGCAGGCGGCGCAGCUGCGGUCCUACGUCGCGGCGACCGGCGCGCGAGUGCUCAAGUGGGGGGUCUGGGGCAGCGAGCUCGCGCACACGCCGGUGGCGAUCGCGGAGUGCAGCACGGGUCUGCAGGGCAUGCAGCUGGUGGAGGGCGGCGUGCCGCUCGGCCUGUCGGGGGUCAAUCCAAAGGCCCCGCUCACGACCGAGGGCAUCUACAGGUGCCCCGGCCUGGAGGGGCGGGUGCAGGACUCGACCUGCGUGUACCCCAGGGACGGCUCCGCCGCGAUCUGCCAGCGCCUCGCCUCCGCGCCCGUCCCCUUCCUGCGCCUCUUGCCGAACACGAGCCUCGGCGCCGUCUAUGCGCAGCCGACGGUGGCUGGAGCGCUUUUGAAGUACGCGGACGGGCGCCAGGUCAUGUCGUUCGCGCUGGACUGCUCGGAGGCGUUCCUGCCCUGCUUUGCGCUGGGCCACAUCGCGGCCUCCUGGCUGCUGCAGGAUAUAAUCCCGGGCCAGCGGCGGUCGCUGCUGUCGCUGCAGAUCGACGACGUGUUCCUGCCCACCCGCCUCUACGAAAAGACGGAGCGGUACCGGAUGACGUCCGCUGACGUCACCGCCCACAUGGCCUGGCAGGCCGACCUCAACUCCCGACUGCCAAAAGGGUCCAAUGUGAAGCUCGACAUGGUGUUCAACGGCAACGGCGUCUUGGAAAAGGUGUACAGCCCGCUGGGGGCAAAGGACUCGACCCCCUGCCACGACACGCCGCUCUACAAGUCCCUCGGCUGCGCCUGCUUCGGCAAAACCUACGCGGCCUGCCCCGCCGGCGCGCCGCCGUUCUGCCGCAACUGCACGAAGGACUGGCACAAGCCGCUGGGCGGCUUCGGGACGGGCACGACUGUGGGGCCGCACGCACAGUGGGACGCAGCGCAGUUUUUGGCUGGGUACGAUGUCUACAAGCUCGUCUCAACCAGUGACGCCGCGAAGGACGCAUUCUACUGGACCAGCCACAUGUUCUCUCACCAGGUGCUGGACAACACCACGUAUGAGGGUGUUGCCACCCAGAUCAAAUGGAACAAAGUCAUGGCUGGCAAGGGCUUCCUUGGCAUCUCUUCAAGGCCCGUGUUCACGUCCAAGGUUGUCGUGCCGCCCCAAGUCUCGGGGCUGACCAACGGCGACUGCCUGAGGGCCAUGGCUGACAAUGGCGUGCGCGCCGUCAUCGGCGACAACACCUGGCAGCACAUGCUCAAUCCCGACAGCGCUUACCGCAUCCACCGCACCACAAAGGAUCAAAACGGCUACGAGGGCGUCGCCAUCCUGCCGCGCUGGAGCACGGCCCUUUACUACGACACCUCCACGGCCGACGAGCUCGCCGGCGCCCACAACCGGCUUUACCCGCCGCCGGCCGGUGGCGCGGCCAAGACGCUGGCCGACGUGGUGGCGGCGGACGCGAGGCGGGUGGUGCUGCAGGGGCUGCUGCCUUUGAGGAUGGACGGCUUCAUGUUCCAUCAGGCCAACCUCCGGGUGACACCCCUCAACGGCCCCAGCCCCAUCCGCAACGCUGCGUUCCAAGGCCGGAGCCUCGUAAUGGCCUGGACUGAGGCGGUCCUGGACCUCCUCGGACAGUACGUCACCUGGCCAGUCAAGUCGCUUUCCUUGGACGACAUCGAAUCGAUCUACUCGGCCCUGGAGGCGCGAGACGCCUGUCAGAUUACGUACACGCUCCGCAUCGCCCGCGGGGCGAACGGCGGCGGCGGCGGCGGCGGCACGGUGCGCGCAGUGACGCUUAGAAGUGCGGCGGCGCCGGGUGCGGGCGCGGGCGCAGGUGCAGGUGCCGCAGGAGCAGCAGGAGGAGGCCCCACCUGCCAGGCGCCGCUGACUGUGCGGCGAGGCGUGUCGCUGAGCGGCGGCGAGCGGGCCGUGAUCAACGCGCGGCAGGCGGUCGGGGACGAGCCACGAGUGUUCUCCAUCAGGUUCCCGAAAGGCGGCGCCUCGACGAUCCGGCUGACAUCCGAGGCCAAGGUUCGCUGGAAUGCGUGA